UCCUCGGCGGCCUCCACACCUGCACCACCUGCAGAGGCCGCGAAGAGCCAGACGGACGCGGAGAGAAAGCAGACACCGACCACCCCCGGCCUGGAUGAUGUUAAAAGGAUUCUGGGUCUUGCUCAUCCGGAGAGAUGGAGACUGGCGGCUGCCGUUGGCUUCCUUACUGUCUCCAGCGCCGUGACGAUGUCGGCUCCCUUCUUCCUGGGCAGAGUCAUAGACACCAUCUACUCCUCCGGGGCAGACACAGAGACGAUGACGGCCUCUCUGACAUCCCUGUGUGUCAUGCUGAUGGGGGUUUUUCUGUGCGGCGGCGCAGCCAACGCUACCAGGGUCUACCUCAUGCAGGCCAACAGAUAGUUCGUAAUCUCCGAGCUUCCCUCUUCUCCGCCGUCCUCAGGCAAGAAGUGGCUUUUUUUGAUAAGAACCGGACCGGAGAACUUAUUAACAGGCUGUCAGCGGACACGGGCGUGGUGGGCCACUCGAUCACAGACAACCUGUCAGACGGACUGAGAGCCGUCGCUCAGGCAUCUGCUGGUGUCAGCAUGAUGUUCUACAUCUCUCCCAGUCUUGCAAGCUUUGUUUUGCUGAUCGUUCCUCCCAUGGCCGGUCUUGCUAUCAUCUAUGGCAGAUACCUUCGUUCCAUCUCCAAACGUACACAAGAUGCACUUGCACAAGCCACACAGCUGGCGGAGGAGCGGAUCAGCAACCUCCGGACCGUCCGGGCCUUUGGUAAGGAGCUGUCAGAGGUCGACACGUACACCCAGAAGACAGACUACGUCCUCAGCCUGGCUAAGAAGGAAGCCAUGUUCCGAGCCGGUUUCUUUGGAGUGACUGGUCUGAGCGGUAACUUCAUGAUCCUGUCGGUGCUCUACAAAGGAGGCCUACUGAUGGCCAGUCAGCACAUGACUGUGGGAGAGCUGUCCUCAUUCCUCAUGUACACCUUCUGGGUGGGCAUCAGCAUCGCAGGUCUGAGUUCAUUCUACUCGGAGCUGAUGAAGGGUUUUGGAGCUGGAGCCAGACUUUGGGAGCUGCUGGACAGAAAGCCCGAGUUUCCUCUAAAUGAGGGCCAGAUCCUUUCUCCAGAUCAGCUGAAAGGCCAGCUUGACUUCUGCAAUGUCUCUUUUGCCUACCCAACAAGGAGGGAGGCUCCUAUUUUCCAGAAUCUGAAUCUCCUGAUUCCAGCUGGAACCAUCAUGGCUGUGGUGGGACCCAGUGGGUCGGGGAAGUCCUCCCUUGUGUCUUUGCUUCUCAGGCUAUAUGACCCAGAUACUGGUGUUAUUACUAUAGACGGUCAUGACAUCAGGGAUCUAAAUCCCUACUGGCUCAGGAAUCACAUUGGGACUGUCAGCCAGGAGCCAGUUUUGUUUUCCUGCUCCAUCAGAGAUAACAUUGCGUAUGGUGCUGCUGAUCCAAAUACUGUGACUACAGAGAGCAUCUACAGCGCUGCCAGAGUGGCCAAUGCCUACGAUUUCGUCCAGGCCUUUCCCAAAGGCUUUGACACUGUGGUGGGAGAGAAAGGUGUGCUGCUGUCAGGUGGUCAGAAGCAGAGGAUAGCCAUAGCCAGAGCGCUGCUUAAGGUAAAUGUGACCACGUCUUUUUUUUUUUUUUUUUUUUACAGUUUACAUAAUGCAUAAUAAGGGAUAAGGGCGUGAGAAGGUUUAAAGCAGGGUUCCGCUUUGAAACAGUAUAAAAUGGCAUAUAAAAAUAUCUUACAGUCUAUCAUCAGUCUAUCAAAAUGGAAAGAGUAUGACGCAGCUGCAAACCUAAACUGACAGGCUGGGCAAGUAGAGCAUUAAUCUGAGUUUUGGUAACUCUAGCGGAGAUGCAGAGAUUCAAAACUCACAUGUGUGAGUUUAUGAAUUGAGCAGCUAUUAGUCGCUCUGCCCUGUUAAGUGUUUGCCACAAGUAGUGUAGGGGACACAAACAUGAGAGAAAACACUAUCUGCACAUCAUCCUGAGCACACUGUCCCCAUGGUGAAACAUGAUGGUGGCAGCAUUAUGUUGUGGGGAUGCAUCUCUUCUGCAGGGACAGGGGAGCUGCUCAGAGCUGAUGGGAAGAUGAGAACCUGUUAGAUGCUGCAAAAGACUAGAGAAAAGACAGAUGUUCACCAUGAAGCAACACAAUAACGCUCUACAUACAGCCAGAGCUUCAGUGGAGUGGUUUAAAUUCAAGCACAUUCAUGAGUUAGAAUUGCCCUGGCAAAGUCCAGACCUAAAUCCAACUGAGAAUAUGUGUUAACACUUCAAAAUCACUAUUCAGUCUGACUGAACUUGAGUUAUUUCACAAAGAACAAAGAAAAUGUGUCUGUAAAUCAGGGCUCAUACACAGUCUUGAUAGGUAUGGAAAAGUGAAAAUUGAGGAUGGGAAAAUGAUUGAGUUUCCAAACUUAUUUAUAGUCUCCAAAAUAUGAUUAUCAACAUUUCAAAAACUAAACUUUUAACCUGCUGAAUCUUGAUUUAUGAGUUAUGGGGAACACAAAACCAAAUCCACACAAAAUCAAAACUGUACAUUUCACUACUUUUGUGGGUUUGAGAACACUGGAUCCUUACUUUGUAAUGAGGACUUGUUAGGAUACCAGCAAAGAAAGAAUUGAAACAGCAACUUUUUUUAGGAACGGAAUAAAGUAUGAAAAAACACAAAUUUAUAAAACCUAAACAAAUCUAGAUGCCAUUAAAGCAUAAUUACUACACUGCUGAAUUGAAAUCCAACUCCAGCUUUCUGUUGUUCCUUGCUUUGCAAAACAUAGAAAAUAAAAUUUGACAACUGUAAAAGCAUCAUCAAGUCAAUGUUCUCCACUCAAAUACUUAUAUUAUUAGAAAACCUGCCAGGAAAACCUGUAACUUUGAGUCUGUAUAUGUAUGGAAGAUGGGUAGGAACCCUAGUAGAUGUGUAAAGUUGGUAGAGACAUGCUCACUGCUCUACGAGAUGAUUUUACUUUCAUGCCUGAAUUUAUCAUUGAAAUGUUUUCGUCUUUUUCACAGAACCCAAAGAUCUUGCUGUUAGAUGAGGCCACCAGUGCACUGGAUGCUGAGAAUGAGUUCCUUGUUCAGGAGGCUUUAGAGCGCCUCAUGGAAGGGAGGACGGUGAUGAUCAUUGCUCACCGCCUGUCAACCAUCAAGAACGCUAACUCCGUCGCCGUUCUCGACCAGCAGCGGGUGGCCGAGUGCGGCCAGCCCACAGAGCUGCUUGGAAACAGGCAAGGACUGUUCAGGAAGCUAAUGGAGAAACAGGCGUUUCUGCAGGAAGAACAGCAGCGGGCUCUUCUCUGAGAACACGAGGCAGACGAGGGGGUGAAAUCAGGAGGGGAAUGUGUGGCUAAAUGAACUGAAUAUGGGGAUAGAGUCAGACUUGUCGUUCCGUUUCACAGCUGAGCGCACUUCAGUAUGAGGGAUCCCAUUGGGACUGAAGCCAGGAUUCGGUUAUUCCUGGAAACUGUUUGAACCUUAGUAAGAUCUGAGGACAAACACUUCAUUCACUGGAUACUAGUGAACAGCCUCUGAUUUGUUAUUCAGGCCCUUCGCUUCUGUUUUCACCCUCUGCUAUAAAACACUUUGAUAACGCUUUAUAUUAUUCAAAACAAUUCUAAAUCAGUCCAGUAUAAGCCAAAACACCUAUAAAUGUGUAUUUGUGUCUGUAUAGCAGAUUAUUUUAAAACUUUGAUCUCUUUACUGUUAUUUUAGGGCCUAAACAAAUAUAAGCAGUUACAAGUAGUUUUUACACUGUACUGAAGACAUUUUUGACCAACAUGUGCUCAUUUGUUUAGAAAAUGAUCAGAGGAAGCUAGGAGCUAAAAAUAUUUUUUGUUUUGCUCUAUGAAUUGUAUUUCAUGUAAUAUUAUUUAAACAGAUGCAUUCAUAGUGCAGUCUGUUUUCCCCUUUGGUUUGAACUGGCUGCUAUAAAGCUACGGUACUCAAAUUUCACCGUUUUUAUAAAAGCAGAUCAGGUCUGCAAAGCGUCAACAGAAGCAGAGAAGCGUAGUUGUAUGACAACUACAUAUCUCAGUCUGAUCUUACAUACAUGUCUCUUCUGUCAUCAGCAUGUCAACAUGACGGCCUUUAAUUCUUUAUAAAUAGGUCCAAAACCACUGCAAACGAAUAAUAAUAGUUGGUAGAGAAAGUCUGACUGGGAAGGAAUAAUUCUCUCCAGAAAAUAUUUAAAGACAGUCCGGAUUAAAGCAUCUCCUUUUUGUAAUAUCUGGCAUCCAAAUAAAAAUCUAUGCAUAAGACUUGCUGCCAGUAGUAGUUUCUUUUAAUAUAUGGGUGACAUGGCUUCCACCCAGGGUGCCCUUGUUUCAGAGGCAGCACAUCAAACAACAUUUUCAUUGCUUGUUUGUCCAGUAUGUCGGAAGACUGUGCCCCCUUUGUUGAGUUGUAUACUGUAUGAUUACUAAUAUAUAUAUAUAUAUAUUUAUAGUUCAUAUUUAAGAGGGGAAAAUUAAGGGCUUGCCCAAGACACUUUUCAUGCAAGAACUGCCACUCACAAAAUAGUUUCAUUUGUAACUCUAAAUGACAUCGUUUAUCUUGUGCUGAUGGCUCCGAUUAGCUAACAAUUUUUUGUUUAAGGCAGUAAGAGCUGACAGCUAUUUAGUUUAGUAACAGUUUCUAAGGCUUCUUAAAAUAGUUUGAUGUAGACAUUGAGAAUGAAUCCCAUGCUGAGCUUUGAUUAAAUCCUCUGUUGUUAUUUUUGUCUGUAAGUUUGUGGUCCUGUAAAUGUAAAGUCAUUGUAUAUUUUUUCAUUCAAGUUGUUGACAUGUUCUUGUUCAUGUUACCUUGUCUCACCUCACAAGGAACUAAUUUUAGCCUCAUUUAGAUAAUACUUUUCCAUCAUUUUGGCAAAUUAGUCAAAGUUUUAUUAAUAAUUUUACUUGAUGUUUUAGCUUUAUGUUUGAUCUCCUUUUUAUAUUUAGGGAAGGGUAAAAGGAAGGUGAUGAAAGUCCAGGUCAAAAUAAAGGCUCAGCUUGAACUGUUGUGCAGUGUAGAAUAAAUGUCUGUGACAGAAACUACAAAUUUGUUCAUUUUUCAAGAUUUUAAAAUGCUGUAUAAGGUAUUAUUAAGCUGUAUAAAUAUGACCUAUAUUGUAUCCAAAUGUCAUAAAGUUGUUUUAUAAAGUAUCAUUAGUGAAGAUAAA